UCAACGAGAAAUUUCAGAAUCUAGUUGGACUUCCUCGCGUAAAGUUCUUUGUGUUGCUGUUGUUGACUAAUUUAAUUCGUCGCAGUGCCAUUUGAAAUAAUUUUAUUACGUACAUACAUAAAUACAUAAUUAACUUUUGAGAUACUUAACAAUUGAUUCUGCGCAUUGUGUGUAAAGAGCGAAAAUAAAACGCCACAUUAUCAAGUUAGUGAUUAUACACCUGUAGCUGGCUGAUUUGAGUGGCAAAACAUUUUCUGGUCUCAACGCGCGCGAGAGAAAAAUAAGAAAGUGGAGCAGAAUCCAAAUAAUUGCAAAAAUAUAAACAGCUGUUGCUCAUUUCGCGAUUACUGUGCAAGUAGACAAUAAAGCAUCAUCAACGAAAGUGUUUCACUGAUUAAAAAGUUUCAGAUAAACUAGAUCAGAAAUUUUUUAAAUACACACGCAAGCAGAAUGGCGGACAUAAAUGAAUUAUUGGGUUCAUCAUUUGUGCGGGUUAAGCUUGUCGCUUUCGUGCACUUCUUCUUCAUCACAAAUGCUAUGCUCGGCACCUGGGGCCAUGGUGCUUAUGAGUUCUACAAUUUCCUAUUUAUUAUUGCCAUGUUCUGGACAAUGCAUUGCAAGGAAUCCAUUGAAGCUGCACAAGUGGCACUCGUCAUUAACGUUUCCAGCAUAUUUUUCGACUUAAUCUGCAUUAUAGUCUACUUCGAUUUCAUGAAUGGUUGGGCGGUCGCUUUCUCCAUCAUAAAUUUGGUACUACGACCAAUAACUAUCCUUUUGCUGUAUCGUGAGUUCAAUGCGCGCGGCGGCAGCUUGCAAACCGGCUCAGUCUUCCCCACCACACAGCAGCGCACCUACCAGGACAUCGAUCGGCCCACACAGCCAACGCCCACAAACUCGCAACCCGGUCCAAAUGUCGCUAGUAUUUUCUAAAGCAAACGUUGCAUGUUGUUGAAGCGUCGCUGUUACAUUGCAGACGAGUAUGGAGUACGCCGAACAGACUUGGUGUAAUUCAGUUAAUUUACUAUUUACGAAAUGAAAAGUGAAACAGCGAAGAAAUGUGUGAAAUAUUGUAAAAUCUGAAUACUUCCAUGUAACCAAAAAUUCUAACAUUUCCUUAUGCGAGUACAUGUGCAUGCAGGCAUGUUUGUGUGUGUGUGUCGUUUAGACAAAUUAAUACAUUGAAAGGACUCGAAUCGGUAUAGAUGAUAUUGUAUUGAAAUGUUACAUUGAAUGGAGUAUAUGCAAAAAAUAGCGUUACAUAAUAUUUUCGCUGAUCAAAAACAAUUUUGCUAUUCCUAUUGUGUUUUAUAUUGUAAACUACCAAAAAAAAAAUUAAUUGCAAUUAGUAAAAUAAUGUUUAUCAUUUACUUUAUAUACAUUUAUAAGUCAUUUCGUUGCUAUUUUAUAGAAAAUGUUAAUAUGUAUUUGUUUUCAUUUUUUUUCAACAAAAUUGCUAUUCUUAUUACACUAAAUUAAGUGUAGUUGUUGUUGUGGUUGCCUGCAAAAUUAUAAAAUUAAAGCCAUGCGAUUUGAUUUAAUAAGUUUAAUAUUGCAUAUAAAUGAUUUCAAGCAACACACACAAAUGAAAAAUUGCAUACUUUUAGGCGCACAAUUACUUCUUUACUAGAUUCUUGCAGUCUCACCAAAUUUAAACUCUUCAUGUACAUUGAUUACACAAACGUUUUGCAAUAUUCAGUUAAUGUGUUCAUUUAAUAAAAACAUAAUUAUUGCUUUUCUAACUUAUAUCAUAUAUUCAUAAAAAGUCAAACAGCAAUCAACUAUUAACACCUAUUUAACGGUAUUGGCAAACGUUCACACGUCUUGCUGUUGGGAAUAUAAAAUAGUACCUACAUAGAUACA